GUGAAUCUCAGUGUACUGUUACAUUGUCGCAACUGAAAUAGUAUUGUUAAUAUGGUCAUUGGUGUUUUGUUACUUCGUUCGUUACUUUUGAACCUGAUCGUGCGUGUAAAUACUGUGAUAGUGCACACCAAAAAUGGAGCUUUAAAUGGUACUGAGUCAACCAUAGAUCGAGCUAGAAACAUUUACAAAUUUUUAGGUGUGCCUUAUGCUGAACCACCAGUGGGUGAACGUAGGUUUAAAGAACCUCAACCUUUAAUUAGCAAGUGGGAAGGAGUUAGAAGUGCUCAAAAGAAUAGUCCAAGCUGUAUUCAGUACAACUAUUACUCCAAGAUUGGGACAGCGCAAACACACGGCAAGGAAGACUGUCUGUACAUGAAUAUAUAUACAACUAGUAUAUCUAACAGCUCAAAUUUGGAUGUGGUCGUUUAUAUGCAUGGAGGUGGAUUUAUGUUUGGGUCGGGUAGUGCGUACACCCCAGAUUUUAUUCUUGACAAAUAUGACGUAGUGUUUAUAACGGUGAAUUAUAGAUUAGGACCAUUCGGAUUUUUAAGUACUGAGGAUGAGGUCAUAUCCGGUAAUAACGGUCUGAAGGAUCAAGUCCAGUCUUUAGUGUGGAUUCAAGAAAAUAUUGAAUAUUUUGGUGGAGACAAAAGCAAAGUUACCAUAACAGGACUGUCCGCAGGCGGGGCAAGUGUGCACUUACAUUAUUUAUCGCCGUUAUCAAGGAAUUUAUUCCACCGUGGUAUAUCGGUCAGUGGUUCGGCAUUUUGCCCUUGGGUGUUCGCAGAGAACGCGCGGAUGAAAGCAUAUAUGCUAGCAGACUCCGUCCAAUGCCCUACAAAUGAUUCCAAAAGUUUACUCGAGUGUUUGAGACAGAAACCAGCUGAGAGUAUUCUUCUUCACUUGGAAGAUUUGUUCAUGCCGUGGUACUUCAACCCGUUCUCCCCUUUUGGAGUGGUUGUGGAAAAGGAAAGCAAAAGAGCUUUCUUGAGUAAACAUCCGUACGAGUACUUGUCGGAGGGGGACGUUAAGGAUGCCCCGUGGUUGACAAGCAUAACCUCUGAAGAAGGUUUGUAUCCAGCGGCAUCCUUCAUCACCAAUAAUGAUCUCUUGCAUGACUUGAACCAACACUGGAAUGAAAUAGCUCCUCAUUUACUUGAUUAUAAUUUCACUGUUCCUACUGAUGAGCUGGAUGUUGUUAGUCAACGAAUAAAAAAGUAUUAUCUAGGAAACCAUUCCAUAGACUCUGAUAAUAAGGGUGAGCUGGUGAGAAUGAUGAGUGAUCGAUUGUUUGUGGUUGAUAUCGACCGAGCCGCUCGGUUGCAAGCUGCGGCUACAAAGUCUCCUGUGUACUUUUAUUACUUUACUUACAGAGGGAAGUACAGUAUUAGUAGAUGGUUUUGUACCUGUGAGGACAAUCUAGGCGUUAGUCAUGCGGAUGACUUGCUCUAUCUGCUGAAAAUAGGUCUUGCCCCUAUGGAAACUGAUGAAGACAAGGAGAUGGUGAAUGUUAUGACUGAUAUUUGGAUGAGUUUCAUACAGUCUGGAGUACCUUCCCCGGGCCCUGAGGUUCCCUGGACUCCUGUGUCUCCAACAGAAAAACAUCUGGCUUACUUGAUGAUUUCUUCCGCCGAGAACAUCACGGUAACAUCAUCGGAAAAUUUAGGUCAUCGAGAAUUUUGGGAUAGCUUACCGUUUGAUGACCUUAAAUUGUUUGAGAAAAGUGGAUGUAGAAAUCUUGAGAUGAGAUUCCAGAUUUUCUUAGCGUAUCUGUUUUUACUGUUACUUCUCCAAUUUAACAGAUUGUGAAUUUUAUUAAUGUCUAUGUUAUGGGCGUUUGCUGUUAAUAUACAUAGUACAGUAAAUUAGUUUUUUCAUUUGCAAAAUAUAUUCUCUAAAUAUAUAGGUAAAUCGUAGUACAUUAUUAUUAUUUUCUAUAAAAUUAUGUUUUGGUGCGUAGAGUGUUGAUAUUAUCCAAGACCUAUUAUACAAUAAAAUAAUAGUGCAAUAAAACUAAUUUAAAAUUUAUUACAAUAAAAUUGAUAACAACAUUAAAAUUAUAAAAGUGGGGUUUUCUGAACUUCAUAAUAAGGGAACAUGUAUUAUUUGUCAGACACUUUCAUAAGAAUUUUUAAAAUAUCUAAUGUCCUGAUAUAUAAACCGUGGCUUUAACGCAUUACUGAGAGGUUCCUUUCGUUGAUCCUUUCGUUAAUUAUAUAUUUGUCAAUGAUUAAGAUGCAAUUGAAUAAUCAUAGUGGCUUCUAAAUAGGUAACGAUCGAGAAUGCUAAGAAGUUCUUCGACAAUUUUGAUAGUCGUGUACUUCGCUAAUUUUAAUUAUAUUAUUUUGGCAAUAGUUUGUAUUUUAAUUGUAUUUUGUAUUAUUUUUUAUAUAUUAUAAUAGUAUAUUUUUUGCCAUCUAAAUUUCAAUUAAUUCAUUUAUUCUUACAGUUUUAUCAAAAGAUAAAAAAUAGUUAUAAUUUUAUCGUGCUUUGUAUAGCAUAUUACUGGAAAUACAGAACGUAAACAACACAUUGUCAGCA